AUGAAUCUCGAUCAGGCUGUGGACGAGCUCCUCGAGCAGGAGGAGAAGAAGGCGCAGGAGAAAGCCAAGUCUUUGCAAGCCCCCGUGAAGGCCAAGCCCACCACCGCCACUAGAAAGCGCAACAGCAGUAGCGAGAUCGACCCGAAUGAGAACGCAAAUGGUAACGGCAAUGCAGGCAGUCGCGACCCGCGUCGUGCCGGUCGCGAGGACAAGUACGCAACUGAGCGUGAGCAGAAUGACGAACGUAGGGCGCGGAAAUUGCGCGAGCACGACCACGAAGACUCUGCUAGUGACAGGGGAAGCGCUAAUGGGAGUGUGAGGUCCAGACGCCGAUCGCGCUCUCCGGACCACGACCGUCGCCGUCGCAACUCGCGUGAUCGAGGCGUUGACCGCUAUCGUGAUAGACGCGAUCCAGAUGCUCGACGCUCCAGCACCGAAAAUGCCGACCCUCGCUCUCGCCUCGGUCCCGACAGGCGUGAUCCCGACCAAAUGGCGGAGCGUGAUAGAAAUCGAGAUGAUCGAUACGGGGGCAGACCUCGCGCCAGAUCUCCACGUGACCGCGAGAUUGAUCGUGCGUACGGUGGUGGGCGUCGCCGCUCUCCACCACGUCGCAGAUCGCCACCUCCACCCCCACCACGGAAGCGCACACCAGAGCCCACUGAUGAUGAGCGUGAUAGGCGCACCGUUUUCGUCCAACAACUCGCAGCCCGUCUGCGCACCCGCGACUUGCAGAAAUUCUUCGAGCAGGUCGGUCCAGUGGUCGAGGCUCAGAUCGUGAAGGAUCGUGUCAGUGGACGGUCAAAGGGUGUAGGCUAUGUUGAGUUCAAGGAAGAAGAGUCUGUCGAGAAGGCUAUCCAGCUUACAGGGCAGAAAUUACUCGGCAUCCCUAUCAUUGCGCAGCUUACUGAAGCAGAGAAGAACCGCCAACAGCGCACUACCGAGGGUCAGCCGACUCAGACUAAUGGCAUUCCGUUCCACCGCCUCUACGUCGGCAACAUCCACUUCUCUAUCACCGAGGAGGAUUUGAAGAAUGUGUUUGAGCCUUUCGGUGAGCUUGAAUUUGUGCAGUUGCAGAAGGAAGAGCAAGGUCGCAGCAAGGGGUUCAUUGACCCAACACAGGCAAAAGAAGCCCUCGAGAAGAUGAACGGCUUCGAGCUUGCUGGCCGCCCCAUCCGCGUCGGCCUCGGCAACGACAAGUUCACGCCGGAAUCCACGCAAUCACUCCUUCAGCGUUUCGGCUCGCAGGCCCACCAAGCCUCACACCAACACGGAGGCCAAGGUUCCUCUUUCAGUGGCAUGGGCGGUCGUGGCGCACACGCCGGCGGCACCGGAAACUUCGAUCGCGCGAGUGGUAAGGAUGCGGAGAAGACUGGCGGUGCAAGCGCGCUUGAUGAUACCGAUGUUGCUGGCGUGAACUUCAGCAAUUAUUCGCGUGACUCACUGAUGCGGAAGUUGGCUAGGAUCGAGGAUCCGGCUGAUGCGGCGGAAAAGAAGCCGCAGAAGCAGGCGGAGAAGGUGAGGAAGGCUGCUCCUGUUGAGGAAGCUACGCCAUCAAGGGAAUCCGAACCGAACUGGAAAACAGAACUCACCGAGGACAUCAAGGAAGAAUGUAACGACAAGUACGGCCAGGUUGUCCACAUCGCCCUCGCGCUCGACAAUAAUGAUGGCGAGAUCUACCUCAAAUUCGACAGGGACCAGGGUGGUAUCAAUGCCUACCGUGGCUUGAACGGUCGCUGGUUUGGUGGCAGGAUGAUUACCGCGCAGUAUGUGGUGCCGCCGGUCUAUCACAUGAUGUUUCCGGGCGCUGCGAAGGUCUAA